UUUAGAUCGAUCAUCGAUGGUGUGUUCUGCAGACAAGUCGUUUUUCUUUAACAAGUGAUAGGAUCAACCAAAUUAAAAAUUAGUACGAAAUAUCAAGAGAUCAACAUUCUUAACUGAACGUAACAUAAAAACAACACCAUGGGCAACGAAAAUUCAAUUCCUAUGGAGCUCUGUUCAAACUCACGUGUUAACUGCAUUGAUUUUAAGGUGGAGAACUUCGACGCGGACGAGAUCCGGCGGCUGGGCAAGCGCUUCCGGAAGCUCGACCUCGACAACUCGGGCGCGCUGUCCAUCGACGAGUUCAUGUCGCUGCCGGAGCUGCAGCAGAACCCGCUCGUGCAGCGCGUCAUUGACAUCUUCGACGCCGACGGCAAUGGCGAGGUGGAUUUCAAGGAGUUCAUUCAAGGAGUGUCGCAGUUCAGUGUGAAGGGCGACAAGCUGUCGAAGCUGCGGUUCGCGUUUCGGAUCUACGACAUGGACAACGAUGGCUUCAUCUCUAACGGCGAACUCUUUCAGGUUCUUAAAAUGAUGGUAGGCAACAACUUGAAGGACACCCAGCUCCAGCAGAUCGUGGAUAAAACGAUCCUCUUCGCCGACAAAGACGAGGACGGCAAGAUCUCCUUCGAGGAGUUCUGCAACGUGGUGGGCAACACGGACAUACACAAGAAAAUGGUCGUCGACGUGUAGACGAGCUCCCCGUCUCCACCGUUUCUCGAGAAGUUUCUUGCCACGAUAUUUUACUUCCAUUGAACUUUCAGGGUCGUCUAUCGAAAGCCCUCGGGGCGGCCGGUCGCUCUCGAGAGCCCGUGGAGGCCGACGCCACUCUUUCGCAUUCGUCCUCGGCUCCUCUUCGCUCUAGCUAGAACACUAUUCCAAUUGGCCGCCUGUCGCCCCCGAGUCGCCCCCGAGUCUCGCGUCAUACAGAUUCAGAUUCAGAUUCAUGUUCGGGUGUGGUCUGCGAUGUAGGUGAACUGAUCACCGGAACAUGAACACACCGGGCUUUUGUAAUAUUGAGUACAAAUUGGCGACGUGGGGGCGACCGAGGCGCCUCAAAUCUAUCAUAAUAUAUCAUCAAACAUUACUAACUAAAUAUAAGACAUACAUAUAUUUACUUUAUAUUAUAGAUAUACAUCGUUAGAGAAACUUUUAUCGUAGUCAAAUAAAUGGAUUUUUUUAUUAUUUUGUUGCAGUAAUAUUAAUUCGUAUUGUUAUUUAGUGUUUUAUGUUACGUUAGGUAUCGGUUUCAAUGCAGUCGGUGUUUGUCGGUAUAGCCUAGCCUCGGUCGGUAGGGCCCGGCUCGGUCGGUAGGGCCCGGCUCGGUCGGUAGGGCCCGGCUCGGUCGGGAGGGCCCGGCUCGUUCGGGAGGGCCCGGCUCGGUCGGUAGGGCCCGGAGCCGUCUGCGGGCGAGUGUUGUUCCGGAACUCUGAAUACAGGAUAUUUUGUAACGAAACGAAACGCACAACAGUCGCUCCUGUCCCGCCAGACGCUCCUUCAGCUUCGAGGUUAGUGCUCAUUUUUAUGCGCAGAUUGUUUUACUUAAUUCAUUUAAGAAUAGUUAAAUAUAUUUAAAUAAACUAUACGUCGUUCUUUAAAAACGUCAAUAUUUAUAACAAUAUUAAAAUAAAUAUAAAUCGAAUAACAUCUCCGCUUAUUAAAAACGAUAUUACGAUACAAUUAAAUUAUCUUUUAACUUUGUCCGAAUUUAAUAAAAAUAAAUUAAGAAUAAACCGUAAUAUUAGCUAAUGUUAUUUAUACCGUGACGGGACCCUCGAGCGUCCUCGACCUGUCGGAUCCCCCCACCGACCCCGGACACAGGCCGGCAGCGGCCGAGGCGGUCUCGUCUGUUUCCGUAUCCGUCCUGAAGACCCCCCUCCUCCCCCUCAGCCCCCGUGCCAUACCUCGUGUUACCGAUAUGAUUACUGUGUACAAAGAUAUUAUUUGUCUACAUAUCACCAUGGAAACCAGCCCAGUAUGGAACUUACUCGUACGAGUUAUGAGAUGACGCCGACGACUUCGAGAGUCGGACUGGAAGUUCUAACAAGCAUUGUGUAUUUUUUGUUAUAUUAACAUUGUGUGUAUAAAUAGCUCGACUCUAGAGGAAUAAUUGUAUACAAAUGAAUAUAAUACCAUAAUUUCCUUAAACCGUAUACUAUCGUAGCUCCUGCGUAGUUCCCGUCUACCGGUCGGAGGGACGUCCGAGGGCGUCGGCGAAGCUCACGGCAGGAGGUCAUCUCGUAAUACAUAUUACUACAUUCAAUUCUCGUAUAGUAAGCGAUAGGUCGUAAAUACAAUGUAUAAAUAUUUUCCUCUACCGAUCACUGGAAUGUUAAGACUCGUAUGUCAAAGGUUUGAAUUGAAUCGUGGAUUGUCUCCGCUAGUUGUGUUACACUGUAGAAUAUUUAAGGCGCCGUCGCCGUCGGGCGGACGUAAGGCGCAGCGAGCGCACGUGAAUCUUAAACAUCUAGUCACCUUUGUUGUGAAUUAUAUUAUAAAUGUAAUGUUUACGCAUGUGUACCUACUUAAUCUGCUCCAAAACAAAUUGCGUUUUGUUUCCGAUUAUGACGAUAUGUUCAAAAAUUUAAAAAAACAUUAUUUCGAAACCAGCCGAGAAGUACAAACAUUUUGAUCUGAUUUCGACCACUCUGUCUUCACUCGAUCAACGAUGAGGCUGGAUUAUUUUAACUCCUUACGAACGUUUAAAUUAUGUUUGCAAUUCAAGAAUAUAGAAUAAAAAUUAUAGCUAUAACGUUAAAGCCUUAUCUCGGGGAACGGCGACAUUAUACACUCGACACGAGUAUUGCUUUCGUGACCAUUAUUAUAAUUGUCGCUUUAAAGAGAAACCAACGACACAAUGGCUGUCAGCGAGUUAUGUAAUAAAACAUAAUUACUAUAAUAAGUUGUAAAGGUGAGCCGAGGUCGCAUUGAAGUUAUUUGAAAAAUAUGUAAUGGGAAAAUAAUAUGUCGUUACAAUUUUGAAAGCAACGUAAAGUUUAUGCAGUAUUUUUUUUUUAAUUACGUCAUUGUGUAUUUCGGUUAGCGGUUUAACUCGACGGAAAUAAUGUCGUGUGUGGUCGUGUCGUGUCGUGUUUGAAUCCUUUGGCAAUGCCGCCGUUCCCGCCCUUAGGAUAUGAACAUGUUAUACUGUAGUCGAUGUUGUGUCGUCUGCUCAUCUCCAUCAGUAGGUAGCGUGUCCUAAUAAGUCUGUUCUCGAUUGGAACUGAUUAUAAGUUUUAAUAAAUUUUCAAAUUUC